AGUCUCGCGCCGUGCCUUGCGUCGGCUCAGACGUAUAUACUGAGCUAGGGAUAUUUUAACUUACUUGAUAUUUAGUGAACUGUAAUACUACGUGAUGCAUUUCGAGGCGGCGUUCGUGCUGCUGCUUGCGCUCGGCGCUGCGUCGGGACGCUAUUUGGGCAAGGAAAUUGGGCCUCUGUCGCAACUCCAUCACGGCGUGCGGGGUACCGUAUACGCCGUAGACUCACGCACGCUCUACCUUCACGACUUUCACUACGAUGGCGAGGGACCAGCGGCCUUUUUCUACGUGGGAACAUCGAAAAGCGUGACCGCGACGGGAGCGAUCCGACUACGAGACGAGCGCGGAGGCGCGGGCCCGUUGCGUCGGUACCGCGGCGAGGGCCUGACGCUGUCCCUCCCUGAUGGAAAGACCCUACGCGAUGUCACUUGGUUCUCUGUCUGGUGUGAUGAAUAUUCGGUGAAUUUCGGCAGUGUCAACAUCCCCGCCAACUUCGACUAUCCUAAGCCAGCCAAGUUGAAUGCGUUGCGUGGUGUGCACGGUGUCUCGUCUGAGCCUAUCGUCGUGGUGGACGCGCAGACUCUCCUCAUUCCCAACUUCUCUUACGACGGAGAGGCGCCUGAUGCAAAGUUCUGGGUGGGUCGUGGCGACAAGCCGUCGCCACAGGGCAUCCGUAUCCCCGAUGAGAAUGGGAAAGAGACGCCGCUGCGCAAAUACGACAAGAAGACCAUCGUCCUGACGCUGCCUGGGGAGCUGACAGUAUUCGAUAUUGGCCACUUCGCGGUGUGGUGUGAGGCGUUCACAGUCAACUUCGGUCACAUCUCGCUGCCUCGAACACAACUCGCCAACGUGCCGCCAAGCCUGAAGAUGUUGGGAGUCUCCCCCCAGUCAAAACUAAAUUGCGAAGUGCUGCACGACGAGCUGGCUUUUGAAGUACGUUGGGCUGUGGCCGGAGAUAGCAUCGUGUUACAGCUGGUGGCCAAACUCGAGGACGAUGAAUACAUGUCGUUCGGUAUCUCUGGCAACCCAGAGCACUCCGAGAUGGUGGGUGGUGACGUAGCCGUAGCUUGGGUAGACAAAUCGACUCUCAAGGGCUACUCAGUGGACUAUUACCUUGACGCCAAGAGUCAGUGUGCUGGUGUCCACGGCUCUUGUCCCGAUGAGCGGCUAGCUGAAAACACAAACUCAAUCCGGCUGUUGAACGCAGCUCUCGUCAACGGCUACUCUAUAGUGACGUAUCAGCGUGCGCUUAAGGCCGCUGACAAACUAGAUCUGCCCAUCUACACCAACACCAGCCAGCCUAUUAUAUGGGCGAUUGGACCUCUUAACUCACUUGACGAAGUGUCUUAUCAUCAUCACUACACCAAGGGUGACAGGUUCAUUGAAUUCGGGCGGGCUCCGGUAUGGAACUGCCCCAUGCCGGAGGGCGAGGACGAGCACGAGCAGCACGCGCAUGACACUCAGCCGCCUCACCACGCCGCACACAGAGAACACGAGAGUGCAGUAAUCAAACCCAAUCCAAUACCAACUCCGAAACCAACCGCGAAGGUUACUCCUUGGGAAAUUCCCGGCAUCCAAUGCUACGAGCCGCCAGAUGGUGUCUUCUACGCGCAGAUGGGACCAACUGGAGGGAAACAAGGCUACUCCGCAAUAACAGGUCAUGUUGGCUGGGGCAUCUCAUGGUACAUCAACGGUCUGCUAAUCCCUGAGAUCACGGUAGUGCGUGGUAACAAGUACACCUUCGUAGUGGAAGGAGGCAACAACCCCGAAGUGCCGGCUCGGUAUCAUCCCUUCUACAUCACCAACGACCCCGUUGGUGGCUACUAUCACAAGACCGACGAGGAGAAAAAGGGAGUGGAAAUCUACGCGGGAGUCCGACGCACACGCAAUGGCGAUUUGAUUCCAACGGGCGUAGGUCGCCUUUGUAACUGGACGCCUGAUAACUCCGGACCAGAGGCCGACGAGUAUCCCAGCUUUGGAGCCUACCAACGCUCGCUCACACUCGUCUGCGAGGAGGGCAACCCGGGCGUCGUCACAUGGACUCCCGACAGAAAUACUCCAGAUACCGUUUACUAUCAGUGUUUCACACAUCGUUAUCUCGGUUGGAAGAUAAAUGUAGUAGACGAGUGUGACGCUACAGAGGCUGAGGAAAGCAGAGUAAUCGAAAGUGUCGCUCUGCCAGGAGAUUUGUUUAGCCAGGAGUCUAUACAGUAGCAAUAAGGACAUCUUCUCCCGGGAAAUCUUUUCUCAAAGAAAUCAUCUUUAUUCAAGCGGAAAGGAGUAUGAAUUGCCGAUAUCCAAAUUACAAAUAAAAGAAGUCAUAGAAGCUGUGGAGAGCUUGGAGGAUAGGAUGAAAGGUGAAUUGAAGAGGAAUGCCACGCAUCUACCUCAAAAACCUCUAGCACAGUAUCAGGUUUACGAGGACGUCAAGGAAUAUAUGCCUGAGCAACCUAUUCGUGAAGGUGAUGAAUACAUGGUUGAGAUUGGACAAGUUCCAAAUAGUUUUCUCUUACCACCUAACCAAAAACCGUUAACACUUCAAAGUGUUUUAAGACCCAAUAUGCCAAGCAAGCCUGCAGGUAAUUUAAGAUUACAUUUUAGACGACCUAUUCCCCCUGAAAUCAUUUUACGAAGGCCUCAUCCUCAUAUGAAUCAGAAAAGUAAUAAUGCAGGUUAUCCCUUAUCGAUGCCGAAUUCUCACACCUCGCAUGGAAUGCAGAAAAAACCCUUUAUUAAAUAUUCUAACAACCGUGUGCAACCUAACAUGAAUAGACAACCACUACCAAAUAUACCACCCAUGAAAUCGAUGCCCCCACUACAUCAUAUCAAGGCAAGUCAUAAUCAAGCUCCUAUGAAGUUCAAUCAAGGAACAACAAAACUCCCAAAUGGCUCUGUUCAGUCUAUAAUUACAGGAAAAUUAGGACAUAAUAUUCCUAAACCAACGCAAAGUCAAACUCUGAGUCUAGGAAAAACAGAUAUAAUAGCUAAUCAAGUCGUGAAAAGCCAAAUAACUCUACCCGGAACUAGUGAUGCAAUUGCUCAACAUAGUGUUCCUCAAAUCUUUACAACAAAGCCACAAGGACAAGGACAAAUUAUUUUGGGUAAGCUCGUUGAGAAUCCGAUUCCUUUAGAUCAGCAAAUGAUUCAAACAAAUCAGCAGCAAUCUAAUACACAGCACAUACCCGAAAUCACUCAAUCAUCAACUCCGCGAAUCAUACAUGAGCAACAUCAACCACAAAAUGAAAUUAAGUCCUCAGAUUUUAUUGGUCAGUCUUCUGAAUCUUCUACGUUAAGACCAGCAGUUAAUACAGGGUUUAAGCCAGAUUCUAUUGUUAUUGAAAGUGGUUUUAAGCCUAUAAUAAGAGAACCUUUAAUGGCUGGUGAAGAUCGAAUCGCUGAUUUUGAUGUAGAUAAUGCAAAUAGGAGAGAAGACACUGAUGUGGUAGAAGACUAUGAAGAAUCUCCACAGUAUAUUUCCAAUCAUGUUUAUCCCGUCCAAAUAUCGAGUGAUAAAAUCACGGAAACAUUUGAGCCUAUGUUUAUUCCAUCACCACCUGACCACUUACUUACUACAAACGAUAGAACAAAAGAGAUAUUUCCAAUAAAUCACGCAAAAGAAGAUAGGCCACAUCCUGUUUACGUGAAAACGGAAAGCGAAUCAAAUAAUUUAUUUGGUAAAAAAAAUAUGGAUAAAAAUUUAUCUUCGGAUUUAGUAAUGGAGUCUGACAGAGUUAGUCCACAGUAUUUACCUCCAGAUCCAAAAUUACCUAAAGAAAACUCGCAAAAAUUGUCACUGGAGCAGACUUUUACAACGUAUGAUGGAAAAACUAUAUCUGCGGCAACGUUAACUAGCUUACCUGACAUAAAUAAAGUAAACUCAAAAUUAUUUUCUUCAAAGCUUCCGGCCAAUACAGAACUUCUUUUAAAGAUGCCUCAAUUUGGGCCAUAUAAAGGUGAGAUUCCACCACCAGUAGCUGAAAACAUAAAAAAGGACCCAAAUCAGUCAUCUCAUUUAUCGUUAACGCACCUUAAAUUGGUAAGUUCAUUAGUGCCCAAAAAAAGUGUCAAAGUUAAUGAAUUAAAAGCGGCAGGAAGUGAAAAUCACGAAGUUAAAGCACGGAAGGAUAAUGAAGAUAGCAAUGUUGAAGAUAUUGAAGCAGAAGAGUUUGAUCGUGAUGAACAAGAAAGUGAUGGACAAAUGCGUAAAAGGAGAGAUGUAAAAAUGGUGCAAUUUGAAAACGGCAAGGACAAACCAUCUGAACAUUUUGAAAAUGAGGAGAUUCAUGAUGAUGAUAUGAAAAGUUACGUGAUAUUUGAAGCAGUUGCUGCAGCAAAUAGAUCAAUGCACACAUAUUGGUUAACAAAUUUAAUAUUACUAAUAUUAUGUCUGAAAUUAUCCUAAUAUUGUAAGGCUAAGUAUUUCUUAAUUUAUUUAUUUGAUUAAAUUAUUAAGCCUUGCCAUUAAAUGCAUUUUGUGAAUGAAAAUAGUAUUUUAGUGUAGGGGGAAUAGGCUGUGGGGUAUUUAUUAAAACAAAAUAAGGCGCAUCUUUUUCUUUCUGUCGAAUGCUAGGCAAUAGGCUCCUUGACAUUAUAUAAAUUUAACCUCACCUGUUACCACUUUUUACACGCAUAAUACAAUUCAAUACUCCGAUAGUUUUAAGUAUUUUGUAAAUAUUUUUAUUAAUUUGUAAUAAUAAAAUUAGAUAACUUUU